UGAAGUGUUACUCGUUGCUGCUCUGGUUUGUCGCCUUCUCCUGCUGCUGCUGCUUCCGGCAGUUGGUGUCCGCUGCACAUGUCUACAUGGAGUUCAAUGGUCAGCACUAUGAGUACAACACAGACGAGCGAGGAAGUGCUCAUCAUCAACUGUCGCCCAACUACGAGCAGCUUCCUCAGCAACAGAUUUGGCCUUAUACAUUUGCCAGGAAUUUGGGAGCAGGCAACACAAGGCGACAUCAAUGGGGCUGGACGCCACCAGCACAACAAGUGAUCAGUGGCCCACCACAAGCAGCACUUAUUGCAGCUCCAAUUGCAGCAACACAUGCAGCUUCAAUUGCAACACCAACAGUAGCUAGCAGUCAACCCAGCUAUAAUAUUAACCUCAAUACGCCACAAAUGACGCACACCCAACACACGGAUGCAGCGGGUCAUGUUUUGGGCAAGUAUUCCUACUACGAUGAUGCGGGUUACCAUGAGCUGAGCUACAAAGCGGGCGCAGGCAUUGGAUUCGUGGUGAUGGGAGGAAAUUUGGCCAAGCCAACGCAGCAUUUGCAGUACAAUUAAGUUUUCAGUGAAAUACAAUUUAAAAGAGCUUAUUAUGUUUGUGCUUG